GCCCCCUGCGCCUUUAAGACCUGCCCGGGGUGGCGGCGGCGCCCGCCCGCCCCUCACUAGGGCUGACAUCAGCUAUAAAAAGUCCGGCUUGGGCGUGGAAGCCAACGCGAGUCGCAGCUUGAUCUUCUCGGCGCUCCCAGCCCAUCUGAAGAGACACCCGACCCACACACGACCAUGGCAAACAGAGGCCCCGCUUAUGGACUCAGCCGGGAGGUUCAGCAGAAGAUCGACCGGCAAUAUGACCCAGAUCUGGAACAGAUUCUCAUCCAGUGGAUUGCGGCACAGUGUGGCCCGGAGGUCGGGGAGUCUCAGCCCGGCAAGGAGAACUUCCAGAAGUGGCUGAAAGAUGGCACGGUGCUCUGCAAGCUUAUCAACAGCCUCUACCCCAAAGGCCAGGGUCCCGUGGCCAAGAUCCAGGUGUCCACCAUGGCCUUCAAGCAGAUGGAGCAGAUCUCACAGUUCCUGCGUGCAGCUGAGCACUACGGAAUCCUCGCCACAGAUAUAUUCCAGACUGUGGACCUUUGGGAAGGUAAAAACAUGGCUUGUGUCCAGAGGACCUUGAUGAACCUAGGAGGCUUGGCCGUCUCGAAGGGGGAUGGGUUCUUCGCUGGGGACCCCAACUGGUUUCCAAAGAAGUCUCAAGAGAACCGCCGGGCUUUCUCGGAUGACAAGCUCAAGGAGGGCCAGAGCGUCAUUGGGUUGCAAAUGGGCACAAACCGGGGAGCUUCUCAGGCGGGCAUGACGGGCUACGGGAUGCCGCGCCAGAUCCUUUGAGCCCUGCUGUGCCUGGAUCCGUCCCUUGCCUCGUAACAUCUUCCCUCCAUCUCCAGCUUGUACCACCACCGGAAGUCUUAGAGGGGGAGGGCCUUCUCGCACCCAUUUCCCUUGUGUCCACAACAGCCAGGCACCGGUCGCUCUGGCUGGUCUCUACCCAGGUUUUCUAGAGAUCCAAAUCCCCUCUUUGCUAUGCCACAGGAGUAAAUCGUCCCUAGAUGUUUCCUGUGGCAGGAACAUCUUGCACUUGGUGUCUUUUCCCUUCUUGCCUUUUUACCCUCUGACCAAACACCUAAUAAUGCUGGGACCAAGAUCUUUCUCCUCCCCACCACCCACCCACUUUUUAAAUAUAAGAUUGUGCCGAAACAGUUCUCGCACUGGCCAAAUACCACACUCUCCUUAAAGCCCACCUUGAGGGCAUUAAACCUGCUGUUCACAUUCCGGCAUCUGAGCUCUUAACCCUGAUCCUUCUGUGUCAAGCCGAUUCUGGACCAAAAAUACCUGCUUGGCAGUCUUAAUAUGCUGGCGGGCCACGUGGUAUCUCACUUUCUCUCUCAAAUCUCAGACCUUGAGACACAGCCAAAAUCACCCUUUUUCCUGCGAUGCCAGGCUGGUGGUGUUGGGAGGAGGCAGAUGGACCUGAAGGGGCAAGAUCAACUGGCUGGCAGGAUCUGCAGAGAGCAAAGGGUGACUUCCCUUGGUGCUGGGUUCAAAUCCUCCCAUGUUUUUUUCUUGGGUCGCUGCUGUUGGCAAAAGGGGGACUUAACCAUGUGGCUGCUCCUGCUCUGGAGCUGUUUGGGUUUGUGGUUUGUUUGUCCUGGCGCCUGUCCCCACAGGCAUCUCUGUCAUCUUCAGUCUUUUGGAGGAACCUUUGUUCUCGGCCCAGAUGUGCUUGUCUCUCACCCCUAGCAUGGUAGUCUCUGCCUUCCUCCUGCUGGCUCUCUGGGGCAAGCAGCAAUGACGCUUGGGUCUUUAAACUGCGUGGUGUUCUUAACUGUGGAAUGUAUUCCGUCUCAAGGUCACCGAUAAGGAAUAAACUUUGCUCAGUCUUUUGUUUAUAA